GAACACAAGGAGUCUUCAGUCCACACAGUUUUAGUACAGAAGACCUCAAUAGUUUGACCAGAGCAUUAAACUGGGUUCAGUUAUGUGUCGCAUGUUUCUUGUGGGUGUGCACUGUGCACUUAGUGAGCAAACAGUUGCAGCCACUGUAGACAUUAAAAUAUGUGACACAAACGGCAGUCCCAGAGUGAAUGAGAGAGAGAGAGAAAUCGAGCACUAUGGAGAGAAAGAGCUUGAGUACUAUGGAGAGAGGGACUCUGGGACUCAGAGACCGACUUCUGAAGCACACUCUUCUGAAGAGGGAGACGCUCAACCCUAAGACAUGGCUCAACUCUGAGCCUGUGAAAGGCUUCACAGAUUUAAUCCUACAGAGGGACAACACUGAGCCGGACACCAGUUACGACAAUGAGGCGAUGCUUUUGGAGUCUGAGAAGGAGUACAUUGAGGCAGCAAAGAGAAAUGAUAUUGAGGCCAUGAAACUCAACGGGAGAGGGGUGAACGUCAAUGCGAAGAACCUACACCAUCGAACUGCACUUCACUACGCCGUGGCCUUCAGAAACGUGGAGGCUGUCGAGGUCAUUCUGAAAAGACGAGCCAAGCUUGAAUUACGGGACAAGCAUGGGAUCACUGCCAUCCACUUGGCUGCCUGGUUUGGCAGUCUGGACAUCCUGAAAUUACUAGUACAGGCAGGAGCUGAUCAGGCCGUGGAGACCAAGGAAGGGAUGAACAUGAUGCACUGCGCUGCCAUAAACAACCAUACGGACAUCAUGGGCUACAUCAUCGAUGAUCUGCAGAUGAAGGAGCUGGAUAAGAGAGAUCAGCAUGGGAACUGGCCCUUUGCAGUAGCUGCAGAGCAUGGCUCUGUACGGAUGCUGCAGAUGCUAAUGGAGGAUCCAUAUAACAUGGCCACCACAGAGGCCAAUGAGAAUGGACAGACGCCACUCCACUUGGCUGCUAAGAAUGGCCAGGUGGAAGCAGUUCAUCUGCUCCUUGACAACUUUGAUAUCCGUGAUGAAGUCAACAAGGUUGGGGAGACAGCACUUUACCUGGCAGCAGACGGAGCUCAUGAGGAGUGUGUGGAGGCUCUACUGGAAGCAGGAUGUGAUCCCAACAUAGCCAACAAUGUCAAGAGCUCCCCUUUGCAUCCUGUGUGUGAAAAAGGUCACACUUCACUGGCGAAAAUCCUCAUUGAAAAUGGUGCUCAGAUGAAUGCACAGAACCAGCACAUGGAGGUUCCCAUGCACCUGGCAGUGAAGAACUGCCACAUCCCUAUCAUCCACACGCUACUGGAGUCUGGCUGCGACCCCAACAUCACUGAUCACAUGGGACAGACUGCUCUCCACAUUGCGGCAGAGCUUGGCAAGGUGGACGUGGUUGAAAUGAUCUUGAAAGCCGACUUGGACCUGGAGCUCAAGGACAGGCAAGGCAAGACUGCGCUGGGUGUAGCUGCCCGAGCAGAUGCUGUGAUCAUCGUAGACAUGAUAAUCAAAGCAGAAAGAUACUUCCACUGGAGGAGGACCAAUGCAGUGACAAAUGAGAUUCUUCACAAUGAAUUACCACUGACGUUCAAAGUAGACCACCGAGCUGACACCACGCAGAUCCGCGACACCAUAUGGAACCUGGCUUAUAAGUACUUCAAGUGCAACGACUGGAAGAGGCUAGCAGAACACUGGGGUUUCACCAAGCUGCAAAUGGAUGCCAUUGAGGAACAGUGGACAGGGCCCCAGAGCUACCAAGAACAUGGGAACAGGAUGCUUCUGAUCUGGCUCCAUGGGAUCAUUAGCACCCAGAGAAGUGCCAUCAAAGAGCUGUACGAGGGGCUCCUCUCCAUAGGGAACAAAAAAGUCGCAGAGAAAAUACGAAUGGAAGCCGAGGACAGCACAAAGAAAUGCACAAUUUCAUGACGCUCCACAAGGACUAUUUCACACCGACAGAUGACAGCAGCAAAUGGGUUUCUGAGACUCUUCUCUGAUGUGCGCAAUUUUCUCGUACAUUUGCCACUUUUGCACAUAUCCAACACAAUGGCUUCCUUCUAUGAAAGUCACUUUGAACUCACAGACAAGGAUUCUUUAGAUUCAUAUCCUGAUAUCCAAAAUGUUUGUUUAACAUUUACAAUCCUCUUAAAGUGUUCAUUUAAAAUCCAAAUCAUAAUGGGAUAUCUUCUUGCGGUGAACUUACUCAGAUAUUUUAUUGUUGGUAUACAGAGACCAUGUACAUACCAAUUUCAAGUAUGUGUCUUAGCUUCAUACAUUAUCAUUAGAAAACAUCAACAGGCAAAUGAUUGCACAACAAACCUAUCAGGACGGGUCAUUAUUCCAGAACAACAUUAAAUUAAAAAAUAAAUAUUUCAAGUAUCGUUAAAAAA